UUUGGCACUCACGUCACGUCCGCGUCGUCUGCUGUGUGCUCUCCGGUUGUCGGCGCAUGGCGUGUUUUGUGGGGUGAAGCAAGGCCGAAAGCAAUUUCUUUUUGAAAGAGAAGUGACAGUCUUUAAGAAGUAGAGUAAUGGCUGCCACUAGUGUUGUAAAUGGUGGAGAGACUGACAAGGGGAUUGCCCGUAUCAAACCCGAGUUCAUCGUGUCUGACCAUGUCCCUCAUCUUGCUGAAAACUGCUUGUCGGCUGAUGACAAGAAGAAAUUUUCCAGUACUUCAAGGGAUGUGCCUGCUGUUGAUGAGGCAAAGUGUGACCUAAUAGAUGAGAGUGGGGAGAAGUGUGAUUCAAAAAGUGAGAGCUCUCUGGAACCGCCACAAAAGAAACGUUUAUCAAAAUCAGAAAAGAAAAAGCUCAGAGGACAAAACAAAGCUCGACCUCCUCCUUUCAAAGUCAAUCGUGAUGUUAUUCUUUGUCACACACUUGUGGACAUAUUGGAGGGGGAAGAAGCAGUGCCAUGUAGUAAUGCUCGGUGCACAAACAUGCAUGAUGUAAAAGCAUUCAUGGCGAUUCGACCUCAAGAUAUUGGAACCACCUGCUAUAAUUUUGAGGUCAGAGGACGCUGCCCAAGAGGUCUAACUUGUCGCUAUGGAAGUUGCCAUAUAACAAAUGAUGGCUUCAAUAAAGUAAACAAGACCCUUUGGGAAAAAUUUUCUUCCUUGGGUACUCUACCAACUCAAAACAUCUUAUCAAAGGAACUGCAAGUUGCACUUCGCAAACGCACUUAUGAUUUUAAAAAAAGUGAAAAUAUUUUGGAGAAAACUAAAACGGUGCAGUUAUCUAAGGGUAUCAAGCGCACUAUUGAUGAUGAGGCAAAAACGAAAAUUGAGGUUGACACCACAACUUUUUCAUCCAACACUGCCAAAUCAGUUAGUGAUUUAAAUGGAGCCUCUACAUCAUUAAAUCAUCCUAAACUUGAGGAGAUUAAGAAAGAAUCCGAAGAUGUUCAAUCAUCUAUUAAAAUGGGCCCUGUAUCUGAUGAAGAUAUAGUUAAAACUAGGAUCCCUGAAAAGAAAAUGAUUGACUGGCGUGGUAAACUGGCAAUGAGUCCUUUGACUACAGUGGGUAAUCUACCUUUCAGGCGCAUUUGCAAAGAGUUUGGAGUUGAUAUCACAUGUGGUGAAAUGGCAAUGGCCGUGCCAUUAUUGCAAGGUAUGAAUCAAGAGUGGGCAUUAGUGAAGAAACAUGAAUCUGAAGAUAUUUUUGGUGUUCAGCUUUGUGGAAAUAACCCCUACACCAUGACUAAAUGUGCUCAAGUUUUGCAAGAAAACAUGCAAAUUGAUUUUAUUGAUAUAAACAUGGGCUGUCCCAUUGAUCUGGUAUAUCGAGAGGGUGGUGGGAGUGGGCUUUUGCACCGUGAAAAGGUUUUGCAAUCCAUUGUUACUUCUAUGAACCAAGUGAUGACUAUUCCUCUAACUGUCAAAACAAGAACUGGCAUUGUAAUGGGCAAGAAUAUUGCACACAAUUUUAUGCCUUACUUUAGGGACUUAGGAGCUUCUCUUAUUACGGUUCAUGGACGAUCUAGGGAACAGAGAUACACUAGAUCAGCGGAUUGGGAUUAUAUAAAUGAGUGUGCUAAAAUUGCUCAUCCAGUACCUUUGUUUGGAAAUGGUGAUAUUUUGUCAUAUGAGGACUACAAAAUUGUCACAGAAAAGUAUGAAAAUAUAUCAGGAGUAAUGAUUGGGCGAGGAGCCCUCAUUAAACCAUGGAUUUUCACUGAGAUUAAAGAAAAAAAGUUGUGGGAUAUUUCUAGUCGAGAAAGAUUCGAUAUUUUAAAGAAAUAUGUGAACUAUGGUCUUGAGCAUUGGGGAAGUGAUACAAAAGGAGUGGAGAGUACACGCCGAUUUCUCUUGGAGUGGCUUUCAUUUCUUCAUCGGUAUAUUCCUGUUGGAAUUUUAGAAAGACCACCCCAAAAAAUUAAUGAAAGACCUCCAGUUUUCAAGGGACGUGACGAUUUGGAAACUUUGAUGGCAAGCUCCAACUGUGCCCAUUGGGUAGAAAUAAGUGAAAUGCUGCUUGGUCCAGUGCCAGAAGGUUUCAAUUUUCUUCCUAAACACAAGGCCAAUUCUUGGAAGUAGGCUAGUGUUUGAUGAGAACUAAGUUAAAAUUAAGUUUGAAAACAUAUUUCAGUGCCACGAAGUGUUCCCAAUAGUUCACACCAAUGAUUUAAUAUAAAAGUAUAUAUCAUUAUGUUAAAAAGGUGACUUUGUUUUGUGAGCAUUACAUAUGAUGCAAUAUUCCUGAAAUCAAAAUAAUAAAAGUGUUUAAAGUGAAAACAAGAAAA